AUCUUGCCGUGGCACAAACCUUUUGCACUUUUUAUGCCAAAUGUGAUGUUGCUGUUGUACCAGGGAGGAAGUCCUGUCCUCUGGUCAUAUGACCGCCCCAGCGGCGCCCUGCGUCUGGAGGCGUAGCCGGAUUCUCUGAGCUCCUGAAGCCUCUCCUGGAAGACGGUUCUCCGCGGAAGGUUCAGGAUCGUACAGGUCUGGGAUCGUAAGUUUGGAGAAUCAACAACUUUUAAUAUCAAAUGUCAACGUUGAGAGGAGAGCGUCCACAGACGGCGACAUGGCAAGUAGAGGCGGAGCUACGCGACCCAACGGGCCAAACGCAGGCAACAAGAUCUGCCAGUUCAAACUUGUGCUAUUAGGGGAGUCGGCGGUGGGAAAGUCCAGUCUCGUCCUCCGGUUCGUCAAGGGACAGUUUCAUGAAUUUCAGGAGAGCACGAUUGGAGCUGCCUUCCUGACUCAGACAGUAUGUUUGGACGACACGACGGUCAAGUUUGAAAUCUGGGACACAGCUGGUCAGGAGCGCUACCACAGUCUGGCCCCCAUGUACUACAGAGGUGCCCAGGCCGCUAUUGUGGUCUAUGACAUCACCAACGAGGAGUCGUUUGUCCGGGCGAAGAACUGGGUCAAAGAGCUUCAGAGACAAGCCAGCCCCAAUAUUGUAAUAGCGCUGGCGGGGAACAAAGCCGACCUGGCCAACAAGAGAGCACUGGACUUCCAGGACGCACAGUCGUACGCAGACGACAACAGCUUGCUUUUCAUGGAAACAUCAGCAAAGACAUCGAUGAAUGUCAACGAGAUCUUCAUGGCCAUUGCAAAAAAAUUGCCCAAGAACGAGCCUCAGGCUGCUGGGGCCAACAGCGGGCGGAACCGAGGAGUGGACCUGACGGAGUCGGCCCAGCCCUCCAGCCGCCCCUGCUGCAGUAACUAACCUGCGCUUCCUGCUCACACACACACACACAUAAACACACAGACACACACCGCCCUCCCCUCUCAGCAGAACAACAGGACAUCGGGCUCGUCUGCUGCCUGCCGUCGGACCGACAACCUCACCCCUUCGGAAUAGCUAAAGACUCUGUAUAGCUGCAUUUCUAAUACCCUCUUUUGUUGGUGGUUUUUUUUUUUUUUUUUUAACUUUUUUUAAGAAGUGUAUAUCAGUAUAACGGAUGCAUGUAUCACUACAACGCCUAAACCACACACUUUUAUCUCAACUAACCCGUCUCGGAGCGAGCAAAUUUGUGAGCGUGUCAUGUGACCACGGCAUCCAGGAGCAAACACUGUGCUGGUCAGCUCAGGUCUGAGGAGGUUACAAAAGGAUCGCGGAUUACUUUGAUCCACAAGCUUGGACUUCUGUGACUGCCAUCAUGGCUGCCAGCGAUGAGGUCAGAGCGGCGGACUAGCUUUCCCAUAACGUUAUGAGCUACUGGUUAAAUAUUUCCAUUUAAAAUUUAAAUGCAAACGUAGUUUCAUUUGUCAUCCAGCAGAGGGCGUCAUUGUAGCGCCGACUACUCUGACUACAUUUUUCACGAACCGGUUGAUUUCUAAAGUGCAGAUUAUAAAAGUUCUGUGGGACACGCGGCGUCAUAACAGUGAAGAGUGUGUAUUAAGUUGGUCAGAGCAAAAUAACACCCAGCUGUUGAAGUGUCUUCGAGCUUCAUUCAGACAACAUGGAAAUAACAAAUUCUUGUGUAGUUCGUCUUUUCAGCCAGCAGAGGGCGUGAUAGACACCGUUUUGGCGCUAGUUGAAGUUGGUUGAAAAGGAUUUCAGGGACAAAUCCAACUGAAGUGUGAAUGCUGUGAGGUCCUCGUGACGUCAGAUCUUAACCGUUGGAUCAUGAUUUGGAGGUUGGUAACAAAAUGGCAGCCCUGUUGUGACCCAGUCUGACUCCCUGGAAGAGUCAAGUUGUCGCCGACCUGCCACACUUUUGGGACCCGAACUUCCUCACCAGUGCGGGAGGUCGACCUCUUCCAUGCCUCGACCCGCUCGCGAGACCCAGAGAUCCAGAGCCGCUCCACCUCCACACGGGUUUCUCUUCCGCUCUGCUCAUUCGUGACCGUGUCACAUCCAGUGGUGGUCUUUUUUAGGUCUCUCUGUCGUGUUAUUAACAAACCCUCUGGUGUCUGCUUACUUUUCUCUCAGCCAUUUCUUUCUUCUUUCUCUCUUUCUCUCUCUCUGUCUCUCUCUUGCAUUGCACAGUGUUGAUCAUGUUUUAAUUAUAACGACCGCCCUUCCAUUUUAUACGACGGACUGGCUGGGCUGCCCCAGGGCAGCACCGUAACACCCCGGCUGGUGGUCUCCCUCUCCUGCAGCUCAAUGAAUUUUAAUGUACAACUGCAUUACUAGUGACGGGCUGAACCCUUCCAGUGUCUGAAACGACUAAAUAAAUUGAAUAAAGAGGUUUGACGAGUGACUUUCCCUCCGCCAUGUCGACACCU